CUUCACCUUUACCAUCCUUUGCAAAUUGCCUUGCAAUAAAGAUUGAUGGCUCAUCGCCGUCCGAUUUGUUCAGCUGCGCUGGGGGCGUUCCUGGCAUGCAGAGGGCUUACAUUUCUGGCUCCAUGGCAAUCCAGAAUAGAGAGGCGGCCUGAAGCAGACCGGCUAUUGAAUGCAACCUGCCAUUUGCUCCAGGAAUUUGAAAUUUCGACUUUGCUUUCUAUUACUUACAGUAUACAUAGUAUAAAAUGUUUUUGUAACACUCCUUGCUUUGCAACUGUUGGUUGUUUUACAGCAGCACUUUGGCUUGACUUCCACAAUUUCGUCCGAAAGUACCAGGUUCGGUGUGACCUUCCGGGCACAGCCAGAGUCGCAAAGCGUGGAGGUGCAGUUGGCGCAAAACUUGCCCUUCAUGAUAGACAGAAGCCUAAUUGCUGACAAUGUCAGCUAUGAGGCAGAUGGUCAGAGUACUUUGCGAGCUUGAGCAAGAACGCUACUAGGAGCAAAGGGCAUCGCUACUAGGAGCAAGGACGCUACUAGGGGCUCCUGGCCUUACUACUAGGAACAAGAAGCUACUAGGACCUUUUCGCCGCAGGGGCCGCUGGCCACGCUGCACGGCUCGAAGGAGUACCUUGAAGCCAUGCAGCAAUGGCAAGAGCUGCUACCUGAGCGCUUGGAAGACUUCAAGGUCAAGGAGAUGGAGGCAUGGCAGCUAGAGCCUGGCCUCAUCACAGCUCGCUGGCGUGUGGCUUUUGUGGCCCCGUUGCCUCCUAGCCCAAAACUUCUGGAGCUUCCGGAGGACGUGCCGAAAGUCCCCGGUGCAGCAGUGCGAGUGGAAACAACACUGAGGGCAGAGCUCACGCUGGACGCCGAGGGCAAGGUGCUCCGCCACGAGGAGGCCAUCGCCGCCGGCUUCGGCGUCCUGGAUGCUGUGGCGCGUUACGAGCUGCUGACUGCCAGGCGUCGGGAGGUCGGUCCCGUCAGCUGGUACUGGCGUGUGUUGAAGGAGACCUCACUUGAGGAGAUGGCCUUCUACACUAACAAUCAGGCCACGACCGAGGAACUCGAAUGGCGUUUUAACGAGAUGGUAGCACGAAACUUCCUAUACGGUGCCGUUCUUGGUGUGCUCUUUUGGAUUACGCUGAAGAUCACCAUAGCUGCUCGCAUGGCGAACCUGCUGGAAGAGAGGGCGGGUGGAGCGCUGUAAAAGAGCUUGUGAUCACAAGCAUGCUUUGUCUCGAUUUCGAACAGAUUCCACACAACUUCUGCAAAUCAAC